CGCAGUCGAGGAAGAAGCUUCCAGUGGGUUUGACAUUUGUCAGCGCCGCGUGACCGAAGAGCGACCCCGGGGCUGCGUUUAAGCGCAUCGCAGACCCCUUGAAACCAGUGGAGCCACGAUCAACCUAGGCUUACGAUACGCAGCCCUGUACUGCAGCCAAAGACGUCGGAUGCACAAUGUCCCAGCAGCCUCCCGAAAGCCCAGAAAACGCAGUCGUGAAUCCCAUAGGAAUUGACUACGUCCUCACAGAAGAGGAGAGGAGACUGUUCAAGGAGUGUGAACAGGAAAGCUUCUGGUACAGAUCUCUCCCUAUAGCUGCCAUCAGCAUGGCCUUCACCCAGUUCCUUGUCUCUAGAGGUGUUGUUACGGCCUCUGGUAGAUUUGGAUCUUUGCCUAAAGUUGCUUUUGCUGGUGUUAUGGGCUUCAUGGGAGGGAAGAUGUCAUACAUGAAUACAUGCCAGGAGAAAUUUAAGAGCUUGGAGGGUUCUCCGCUGGGAGAGGCACUGAGGCAGAGACAGCGCCAGCACCAUCAACCGCCAGGGUUUACCCACAAGCACUCAGAACUGAGUGAUCCAAACAAAGCUGAUUUUGAGCCGGAUCAUCAGUCAUUCUCCUAUUCUAGUGAUUUAACUUACAGUGACCCCAUGUCCUCAGCAGCUCAAUACAACACCCAAAUUAGAGAACCAGAUUACGUUGAGGAGGAUGUACGGAAGAAACAGAUUCUGUACGAGGAGCUGCGGAGUAAAAACAGGGAAAACUAUGAAGUUCCAGCGACUCAGAAACCAGAGAUUUCACCCGAGAACAUCCCAGCCAAGAGAGGGAAGAAGAACAUCUAUGGAGACACCUGGGAGGAAUGAGAGCUGCUUCAACACUGUUUCACUGUCCAGAACCGCUGUCCGCAACUGAUGUCUUUUACAAUACAGAUGUCUGUGUCUGAGAAAUGUCUGUCAUUGACUGUGUACCUAUUUAAUUUAGAUAAAGGCAGUUUUUAUUUUCA